AGCAGAUGAAGAUGCGUCAAUUCCUGGGAGCUAGCAUUAGCACUUGUGCUUCGACCUCGCAAUUUUUAACGUCGUGGCCGCUAAAUUCCACUGUUUUUUUUUUUAAACUAAAAUAAUACCUGACUGUACUUGGCGUUAAUUCGCGCCGGAAGACAAAUUUGUGUGGAUUAUUAUUAUUAUUAUUAUUCUUUUUUUUUUUUUUGCUGCCAUGUAACGCUUGUGCAACCCUUCAGCGAUUUGAAUGGGGAAAAGGAAAGACUUGGUUCAUUCCAGAGUUGUCGGCGAAGGGAGCGUGGGGCCACAUGGUAAGCACAAGCAUAAAAAGCACAAGCGGCACAAGAGGAAGCAUCACGGCCUCUGUGAGGCGCCUGCCCCGGCGCCCGUCGUUGCCCCUCGCCCGCCCCCGCAGCUGCGACUCAAGAUCAAGCUGGGAGGACAGACCCUGGGGACGAAGAGUGUUCCCACCUUCACCGUGCACCCCGGCGUGGCUUGUUCUCCCUCACCGCUGAUGAUUGUGGAUGAGGACGAGGACGAGGACGAGGACGAUGAGGAGGAGCCUUCCGUACCCCUGGAGCAGUAUCGGGCCUGGCUGGAUGAAGAUAGCAACAUGGCCACGUCUCCUCUGCCCGACAUGGACUCGGACUCCAUGCUGGGAGUGCCUGCGGACGAGGAGGAGAGGUGGCUGGAUGCUCUGGAGAAGGGCGAGCUCGACGACAACGGCGAGCUGAGGAAGGAGGUCGACGAGUCUCUGCUCACUGCCCGACAGAAAGCGCUACUCCACAAGCAGCAGAUCCAGCCCCUUCUGGAGCUGCCCAUGGGCUACAAGGAGAAGGAGAUGACCGCCGAGAUGAUGCAGAAGCGGGAAGAGCGCGCUCGGAAGCGGCGCUUGCAGGCGGCCAAGAAGGCGGAGGAGAACAAGAACCAGACCAUCGAGAGGCUCACCAAGACCAGCAAGGCCAAGAUCAAAAGCAUGCGAGAGAAGAAGUCCAAGCAGAGCCAGUGUCCCACCGUCCACUACAGCGACUCGGCCCAAGGCGUGACCAUCUCCUUCCCCGCAGGCGUCCCUGCUCCCGAUGCCACGCCGCCGCCUGCGCCGCCUCCGGUCCCCGUGAGCUGCGGCGUGAGCGGCUGCUCCAACCAGAAGAAAUACCGCUGCUCCAAAACGGGCGCCCCCCUCUGCAGCCUGCAGUGCUACAAGGUGAACAUGGAGUUAGUGCAGGGCGCUGCCUGAGCUGGGAUUAACAGUGAACCCCGUUAAUCACGAGAGACUCCUUCUACACCCGUCUGUGAUGUCGAGACCUUGUACAAAAACGUUUUGUAGUUUUGCCCCCGCUCCAAAAUGUAAACGCCUUAAAACACACUUUAAAGUAUUCAUUGACUGCCAUUGACGGCUAUAGAUGUCAAAUAUCCAUGUUAACUGGGAGGGCUGGCAGUCAAAGUCUGCGAUAUGAGGAUGUGUGCGAACGAUGAACUGCAGUAUCGAGGGGGGAGGUUGUAAAUACUUUUGCGAAUAAACCCAUUGACGGUCA